AUGCCUGCAAGUGCACAGGCUGAGGCUGGAACCUCUCCUUCAGCACCAGCCAGCAGCUCAAGUAGCGGACCUGGCCCUGUGGCUUCAGGGAGGUGGAGGAACAGGGCUCUCCUCGGCAGUCAGGCAAGCGCCAGCAGCUCGAGUGGAGCUAUUUGCACAGCCUCUCCCAUCGGAAACCCAGUGCCUCCACCUGCAAGCGCACAGGUGCCACAACUGAGAUCCGCCCACGGCGCGCGCGUGGCCAUGUUUUCCGCCCGCUUCGAUGGCGGCGAAACUGAACAGCGGUUUCGCGCCAUCCAUCGGAUCUUGGUUGGGAAUGGCUAUGAUGUCUUGAUGGUCUCGGUUCGUCCCGGUGAGAGCUUUGCGGACCUGACCACGAGGUACCUCGGCCGGAUACACCGCGAGAACGGUGUGAUGCUCUCCGUGUGCACCAGGCACUAUGGGGAAAUGACUUCUUCGGAGUAUUCGAGCUUCGAAGAAAUCAAAUUCGCCAAGACUUAUCGUAUCAUGGUCCUCCCAUUGAGGGUGGAGGAGAUUUAUCCUCCGGAACCUCCUGGCAGAGGGCCGAAUUGGCCGAACCAUUUAGAUGAACAUUUGGAUGCUCAAAGUUAUGUCAGCUGGGUCUUUGACCCAGCAAGACUGUACUUUGAUUGCAGAGGAAAGUCCGAAUUCGAGAUCGCCUCCGCAAUUGCAGACUCUUUGCACCCACCCUGA